CCCGGCCCAUUUCCCUCCCACUCCCUCCACCACUCGGACACGGAGCCGCGGAGGAGGAGAGAGAGAGAGAGAGAGAGACCCCACGGCGUGCCGUCGCGGCUGCAGCUCCCCAGAAACUGCCGUCGCCUUUCCCACCGGCCAAAAGCAAGGCAGACCAACGGCAAGCGGCGCCUCCCCCGAGCCCCCCCUCCCCUCCCCUCCCUGAUCGACCCCGGCGCGUGGCCCCUCCCUCCCUCGUCCACUCCGCCCAAUCCAGUCCCCUGCGAGGCCAAACCCUUCUCCCCCCAGCCACCACCGGUCCCGCGGCGGCGAGGCGGGAGGCGAGCGCGCAGGGGAGCCUGCACCGUCGGGGGCCGAGAUGUUCGCGAGCAGGCCGGCGGUGCACCCGGUGGAGGCGCCGCCGCCGACGGAUCCGGUGGAGCAGCCCACGGGGGUGCUCAUGAAGGACCUGCCCGGGAUGCCCGGCACGGCCGGCGGCCUCGCGCUCCGCCUCGCGCAGUUCGCCUUCGCCGGCGUCGCCCUCGGCGUCAUGGCCUCCACCAACGACUUCCCCUCCGUCAGCGCCUUCUGCUAUCUUGUUGCAGCAACCAUAUUGCAAUGCCUGUGGAGCUUCUCGCUUGCCAUUGUCGAUAUCUAUGCAUUGCUUGUUAAGCGUUGUCUAAGGAACCGCCGCGCUGUUUGCCUGUUUGCGAUUGGAGAUGGGAUCACGGCAGCACUCAUCUUCGGCGCAGCAUGCUCGUCAGCAGGCAUCACCGUCCUGAUCGACAACGACCUGAACAUCUGUGCCGAGAACCACUGUGGCAGCUUCGAGACCGCGACGGCGAUGGCGUUCAUGAGCUGGUUUGCCCUCACGCCCUCCUUCCUGCUGAACUUCUGGUCGAUGGCUUCCCGAUGAAAACAACAAGGAGGAAGAUAUAGCUUGACUUUUUGUGCGCCCAAGUUACGGUUUAGCGACAUCUGGAUAGAGUGGCACAGCUAAUCGCAUCGUGAUCGGAAGCUGAUGUGCGCCUGUGGAGACACACACGUAUCUAGUAUUACACCUAUGUAAAAAAUGGAAUAGGUAAUUAAUGGCUUGUCUUUGAACAUUGUGUUGCUGUGGGACUCUACUAGGAUUCUUUUGACCCAGGCAGGCUCGUGCCCUGUGAAACGGUUGAUGUCCUGAACCAAACUGGUUGAGUUUUGCCCUGAA